CUCUCGAUGCCGGUCUACCUUCUGUGUGGGAAGGGCCUCGAGAUGCCGCUUGGCGUGACCCCUCACGCUCCGGGGCAGGGAGGGGCGAGUUGGCGCUACAGUUGCCGGGAAUGCGAGCGAUUAUUCCCCAGCCUCACCGCCCUCAAACGCCACCUCAGGUCCCACGUUGGGGAGAAGCCGUUUGAGUGUAAACUGUGUCACCAGCGUUCCCGUGACUAUUCUGCCAUGAUCAAGCACCUUCGGACUCACAAUGGUGCUUUGCCGUAUCGGUGCACCGUGUGCCAGGAGUACUGCUCCAGCCUGGCUGUCAUGCAGAAACACAUCAAGACCCACCUACCCGAGGAGGUUCCCCCAGACUGGAGCCUGGAGGAAAGCUACCUCUACCUGUGUUACCUGUGA